UAAAUGUAGGGAGCAGGCAUUCUUCAUGUUUUCCUCCACCCCUACACUGCACUUGAAAAACACGAAUUUUAAGAGGAGUUGAAAAAUAAAUUCAACUGGAGAAAUAUACAUACAGAAAAUAGCUUCUGAGAUUCAUAACUUCCUUGCCUUGUUAUCAAAUUUUCAUCUUUUUUAUACCCGAAUGGCUCGAAACAUGUUCACUCAGAGGGCAGUAAAAAUGUCAGCAGGAGCAGCAGCAUUAGCAAUAGCAUGGGCAGUAUUCACUGAAGUUGCCAGGGCAGAAAGGCCUCUGAAAGACGAGAUCAUCAAGGCGGAAAUUUUUGUUGAGCAAGAACCAAUUUUUGCGAGAGUGAUUAAUUUUCUAUGGCAGGCUGGAGGUUCUUCUUAUCAGCCUGUUUGGCCUGAGAUGAAGUUUGGUUGGAAAAUUGUAGUAGGUUCAGUAGUUGGAUUCUUUGGUGCUGCAUUGGGUAGUGUUGGCGGUGUUGGUGGUGGAGGAAUUUUUGUUCCAAUGCUCGCCUUGAUCGUUGGCUUCGAUCCCAAGUCUUCCACCGCGAUUUCCAAGUGUAUGAUAAUGGGGGCUGCAGGAUCAACAGUAUACUUCAAUUUGAGGCUUAGGCACCCAACAUUGGACAUGCCCCUCAUAGAUUAUGAUCUGGCGUUGCUCUUUCAGCCCAUGCUCAUGCUAGGGAUCAGCAUCGGAGUUGCCUUCAACGUCGUGUUUGCCGAUUGGAUGGUCACAGUUCUACUUAUCAUCCUCUUCUUAGGUACAGCAGCAAAAGCUUUGAUGAAAGGCGUGGAAACAUGGAAGAAGGAAACAAUGAUGAAGAAGGAAGCAGAAACUAUGUUAGAAUCGGAGACCAAACAGGAUGUUGCAGAGGGUUCUGGGGAAGACUACAAACCGCUACCUAGUGGUCCAGCUUCAUCACAAGAUGAGGAGGUACCAAUAACGCGAAACAUUUACUGGAAAGAGUUAUCGUUGCUCAUGUAUGUCUGGGUGGCUUUUCUUAUUGUCCAGAUUGUUAAGACAUAUACCGAAACUUGCUCAACCACGUUCUGGAUCAUGAACUCAUUGCAGGUACCAAUUGCACUUUCCGUAACGCUCUUCGAAGCCAUAUGCUUACGCAAAGGCACCAGAGUGAUCGCAUCAAAAGGAAAGGAAAUCACAAACUGGAAGUUGCAUCAGAUUUUUCUCUACUGCAGCUGUGGAAUUGUAGCUGGUAUGGUCGGUGGACUACUUGGCUUGGGAGGCGGUUUCAUCUUGGGACCUCUUUUUCUUGAAUUGGGAAUUCCUCCUCAGGUAGCAAGUGCUACAUCCACCUUUGCAAUGCUAUUCUCAUCCUCCAUGUCAGUUGUACAGUAUUACCUUCUCAACCGUUUCCCGGUCCCCUAUGCUGCUUAUUUCGUCUUGGUUGCAACAAUUGCUGCAUUUACUGGUCAGCAUGUAGUGAGAAAGAUCAUUGCAGUCCUUGGCAGAGCAUCCAUCAUCAUCUUCAUUCUAGCUUUGACAAUCUUCGUUAGCGCAAUCAGCUUAGGCGGAGUGGGCAUAGCAAACAUGGUUGAGAAGAUGGAGAAUCAAGAGUACAUGGGAUUUGAAAAUUUCUGUAUCCCGUCUUAAGGAUAUGUUGUGCAAUUCGAUUAUUGCCGUGGAAUUUCUCAACCCAAGAUAACUACAUCCACACUUCAAUCUACCUUUCAUAUAUGUUUGUAUAUUUUUCCAUUAAUUUUCUGGCAAAGGUUGCGUGCUAUCUAUGUACUGGACUUUUAAACAAUCAAUUGUUCCGAUCAGUUUCUAA